UAGCUGGAGGGCUGACGAGGAUGACAAGCAGAGCAAACCCUCCUUUCCGCCCUGCUACGCUGGAUUUCCCUCCGGUUGCGGAGGCCCGAUGGCACCCGAAGGAUGAUGACACUGUGUCGGGCCAAUCGCCAACAAAGGUGGGAGAGAAGAGGGGAGGGGGCCGAGUGCGAAGCGGCCCGCUCGCUCCUCUUACAAGGGGAAUGCGAAGAGCAGGUGGUGGUGAUCAGGUUACCACUUAGGGCUGAUGUUUCAAAGGCUGAAGAUAGUGGUGGGGCACAGCUUCGGCAAAGCGAUGGCUUCGGUGCCCGGUCUGCAAAUAAGGCUGGGGUGGCCGAGCGAGGGGUGUUGAAGUUGUGUCGCCUAUGGCCAUAAAGCAGCCAGGUGGCUGGCCAGAUGGAUGGAAAU